AUGUCACGUAUGGAACUAUACUCCCCUGAAGGUCUCAGAAUAGAUGGAAGAAGAUGGAACGAACUUCGUCGAUUUGAAUGUCGUAUCAAUACCCAUCCAAGCUCAUCAGAUGGCUCAUCGUAUGUCGAACAAGGCAACACAAAAGUUAUAUGUACAGUACAAGGUCCUAUCGAACCCAGCAGUAGAGCCCAAAUGAAUCAAGACAAAGCCAAUUUAGAAGUCAAUUUGACAAUUGCUAAUUUCUCGACAUUUGAGAGAAAGAAGCGAUCGAAAUCAGAGAAACGAAUGGUUGAACUUCGAACUACACUUGAACGAACAUUUGAACAACUGAUAUUAUUGCAUUUAUAUCCAAGGACUAAUAUAACGAUAAAUGUGCAAGUAUUGAGUCAAGAUGGAGGUAUGUUAGCAGCUAUAACAAAUUCAAUAACAUUGGCAAUAAUCGAUGCUGGGAUUGCCAUGUAUGAUUAUGUAAGUAGUGUCAGUUGUGGAUUAUUUGAUCAGUCUCCAUUACUAGAUUUGAAUAAUUUAGAAGAAACUGAUGUGAGUUCAAUAACUGUCGGAGUUAUUGGUAAAAGUGAGAAAUUGGCUUUGUUGUUGUUGGAAGAUAAGAUGCCUUUGGAUUCAUUGGAGAAGGUGUUGAGUAUUGGCAUUGCUGGAAGUCAUAGGAUAAAAGAUUUGAUGGAUAUAGAGGUGAGAAAACAUGGAAAUACAAGAGCGUCCAAAUUGGUCAAAUAA